CUUGGGUCCAUUUCCUGUCUUGGAGAUUUGGAGGCGUGUCCGCCGUUAUCGAUAAGCAUCGCGUGGACCUUCCUGGCCAUCGAUGUAUCAGAAGAGCCAAGCAUCUCAUGCUCAAGUAGCUGGCGUCUGGUGUCUCUAUAAGAGUCAGCUUCAAAGCUAGUGAGGGUAGACGGUUUGCUCCCAUCCAAUUCAUCUUUAAUUGCAGAGGUGACCACUUCGGAGGUGAAUUGUUGUUGGUACAAGCCUCUACACAUCCCCCGUUCUGUUUGACUCAGCCGUCCCAUUCCCCAACUUGCCACAUCCAACCUCACGAUGGUCACGAAAAACUCGUCGAUUCUGAUCGUCGGAGCCGGCACCUGGGGGUGUUCAACUGCCCUUCACCUUGCUCGCAGAGGGUACACCAACGUCACGGUCCUUGACCCCUACCCCGUGCCGUCUGCCAUCUCGGCCGGAAAUGAUGUGAACAAAGUCAUUUCCUCCGGCCAAUACAGCAACAGAAAAGAUGAAAUCGAGGUGAACGAGAUCUUAGGAGAGCAGGCCUUCCAAGGAUGGCUGAACGACCCCCUCUUCAAGCCAUACUACCACGACACAGGCCUGCUCAUGUCGGCUUGCACGUCAGCGGGACUAGACCGUCUUGGUAUCCGGGUUCGGCCCGACUCAGGCUCAAACCUAGUCGAAGUGAACAAACCAGAGGAUUUCCGUGCCCUUGCGCCAGCAGUCCUCAAGGGCGGAUUUCCGGGCUGGAAGGGAUUCUUCCUCCGGUCGGGUGCCGGCUGGGCCCAUGCCCGCAAUGCUCUCGUGGCUGCUGCGAGGGAAGCACAGAGGCUUGGUGUGAGAUUCGUCACGGGGACGCCGGCGGGCAAGGUCAUUACACUGAUUUUCGAGAACAACGACGUCAAGGGCGCCGUCACCGCGGACGGCAAGAUCUGGCGCGCCGAUCAAACUAUCCUCUGUGCGGGCGCAAAUGCCGGGCAGUUCUUGGACUUCAAAGAUCAAUUGCGUCCCACUGCGUGGACGAUCGUCCACAUCGCUCUGACGCCUGAGGAGCGCCCCCUCUACAAGAACAUGCCCGUUAUCUUCAACAUCGAGAAAGGGUUCUUCUUCGAGCCAGACGAGGAGAGGGGCGAGAUCAAGAUCUGCGAUGAACAUCCCGGCUACACUAACAUGGUCAAAUCCCCGGAGGGCAAGUUACAGAGCCUGCCCUUCGAGAUGACACAAGUGCCUCUUGAAUCCGAGAAGCGAGUGCGGGCGCUCCUCGCCGAGACCGUCCCUCAACUCGCAAAUCGUCCAUUCAGCUUUGCGCGAAUCUGCUGGUGUGCUGAUACUGCCAAUCGCGAAUUCAUCAUCGAUCGUCACCCACAGCACAAAUCUCUGGUUCUGGGCUGCGGAGCUUCUGGCAGAGGUUACAAAUAUCUGCCAUCAAUCGGCAACCUGAUCGUUGAUGCUAUGGAGGGUAAGGUUCCUCCGAAUAUUCACGACCUAAUCAGGUGGAGUCCAGAGAUUGCCUCCAACAGAAAUUGGAGUGACACUCUGGGAAGAUUCGGAGGGCCCAACAAAGUCAUGGACUUUCAUGAUGUCAAGGAAUGGACCCAUGUGAAAUACAGAGAUAUUUCCAAGUUGUAG